AUGGCAGGUCCUGCUCCUGCCCAGGUGGGGUUUCGGAAGGGGCCAGGGCCGCUACUGAGCCGCCUGGCUUCGCGCAGCCAGCUGGAGCUGGUUCUGUGUGCCAUCGCCGUCUCCCUGGCCCUGCUGCUCAGCGUUGCCGUCGUUGCCCUGGCCAUCGAGUACCGCAGAGAUCCCUCUCACAGCACGUGCCUGACGGAAGCCUGCAUCCGGGUGGCCAGCAAGAUCCUGGAGGCCCUGGAUGCGGAGACGGACCCGUGCCAGGACUUCUACCAGUACUCGUGUGGGGGAUGGAUCAAGAGGAACCCGUUGCCUAAUGGGCGCUCCAAGUGGAGCACCUUCAACAGCAUCUGGGACCAGAACCAGGCCAUCAUGAAGCAUCUCCUAGAGAAUGCCACCUUCAACUCCAGCAGCGAGGCAGAGCGAAAGACGCAGCGGGCUCAGCCCAGCAUGUCUUCUGCACAGCUCUUCAUGUAACUGGGGAGGGGGUAGCCCUCAGGGAUGGACCCCAUCCCUCUUUGAGGUGCCAGGUCUGUCUGCUGACAGAUCGGCGGGUGGAACAUCACCGGCUCCUGGAAUCAGGCCAGCUUCAUGGAAGUACUCAAGAUGGUGUCAGGCACGUACCGGGCGACCCCCUUCUUCACGGUAUACGUGGGUGCAGACUCCAAAAGCUCCAACAGCAACAUCAUCCAGGUGGACCAGUCGGGGCUUUUCCUCCCAUCCCGGGAUUACUACCUGAACAAGUCCGCCAACGAGAGGGUCCUGGCAGCAUACCUGGACUACAUGGUGGAGCUGGGCACGCUGCUGGGGGGUGGCCCGGAGCCCACCCGUCUCCAGAUGCAGCAGGUGCUGGACUUCGAAACCCAGCUGGCCAACAUCACCGUGCCCCAGGCUGAGCGGCGGGAUGACGAGAAGAUCUACCACAAGAUGAGCAUUGCUGAGCUGCAGGCCCUUGCUCCUGCCAUCGACUGGCUGGAUUACCUGUCCUACGCCCUGGCCCCACUGGAGCUGGCGGACACGGAGCCCGUGGUGGUAUACGGGGACACCUACCUCCAGCAGGUCUCCGACAUCAUCAACGGCACCGACAAGAGCAUCCUAAACAACUACCUGAUCUGGAAUCUGGUGCAGAAGACAGCCUCUAGCUUGGACCAGCGCUUUGAGACAGCCCAGGAGAGGCUGCUGGAGACGCUCUAUGGCACCAGGAAGUCCUGCACGCCCCGCUGGCAAACCUGCAUCUCCAACACGGACGACACGCUGGGCUUUGCCUUGGGCUCCCUCUUUGUCAAAGCCACCUUCGACCGGGACAGCAAGGCCAUUGCUGAGGAGAUGAUCAGUGAGAUCCGGGCGGCUUUUGAGGUGUCCCUGGACCAGCUGGACUGGAUGGAUGAAAAGACUAGGCAGGCUGCGAAGGAGAAGGCAGAUGCCAUCUACGAUAUGAUCGGCUUCCCUGAUUUCAUCCUGGACAACAAGGAGCUGGAUGAUGUCUAUGAUGGGUACGAGGUCUCAGAAGACUCCUUCUUCCAGAACAUGCUCAACUUCUACAAUUUCUCCGCCAAAGUGAUGGCUGACCAGCUCCGGAAACCCCCCAACCGCGACCAGUGGAGCAUGACCCCGCAGACCGUCAAUGCCUACUACCUGCCCACCAAGAACGGGAUCGUCUUCCCCGCCGGCAUCCUGCAGGCUCCCUUUUAU